AAAGCAAUAAUGGAAUCUGAAAGCGGGUAGAAGCGUAAUUUAGCAUAAGGCAAAAAGCGAAAUGAGAGGAAGCAUCAUAGUCAACAUCACAUUCACAUGUUCUCAUACAUACAUCCAUCUCAUGCACAAACCAACCCACCCAUGUGGGGGCACACAUCCACCACCGCCACCACAUAUACUAAACGACGUCGUCUUCCCCUCGCGCAUGCUCUCCCACGCCGCCGCCGCCUCCUGGCUCCGCCGCCGCCGGAUCCGCUACCUCUUCCUCCUGCUCUGCUCCCCGCUCCUCCUCCUCCUCCUCUGCGCCGCCCUCCCCUUCCUCUGCGCCGCCCACCUCUGCCGCAAGCUCCUCCGCGCCGCCCAACAGCACGCCGACGCCGACGCCGACCUCGGCCGCUGCGAGGAAGGGUGCUCCGAUGAGGACAAGGGCCUCCUCCACAGGUACCUCGAGGAUCAGCUUCUCCUCGUUCGAUCCAUGUACGAGUGCGGCGACGACGAUCAACAACAAGAACACCAAGAAAAAGAAGAUUCUAGAACGCUUCGCGAUGUUGAAAGUGGGAGCGGCUAAAGCAAGAGCGGCGUUAAAAAGAUCUCAUGCGACUUGUGUUCAAAUUUGUAGUUUUCUAUGACUUGGAAGAAAUAUAAUAAAGGAAAGGGUAGUGUAUCACUAGUAUGAUUUAUGCAACUAGAGGAAACGGUUUAAGUUAAGAGCUAAUCACUUAUAUAUUUAUGGUGUAAAUUUUUUUUACAUCGGUAAUCAAUAGUAGC